UUUUUUGCUGUGACUUUUACAACUUCAAAACCAGAACAACCAUGGCUACGAUUUUUCAACUCAAUAACUUUCCAUGCAAGACUUUCUUAACAACUCCAAAACAUCUUCAGUCCACUUCAAAGCCUUCAAUUCUACUUCUCAACUCUAUCAAACGAACCCAGAAUUCAAGCAGGGUAUCUCACUUUUUGACCAGAAAAUCAAUCCGGUCAAGACCCGGUUUCCAAAUUUUUGCUGCAGACGAUGACGAGGGGAGCCCAGACAAGAAGGAGGAGGUGAUGGAGGAUCCAGAAACAGAGAGCGGUGGAGUGAUCGUGGCCGAGGCCGAGGCCGAGGCAGAGGAGGAGAAGCCUAAAGAAGAAGUGGGUGAAAUCGAGAGCUUGAAGAAAGCAUUAGUGGAUUCGUUUUAUGGGACUGAUCGUGGGUGGAAAGCUAGUAGUGAGACGAGAGCUGAGAUUGUAGAGCUUAUAACUCUGCUUGAGGCUAAGAAUCCAACUCCAGCACCAACUGAUUCUUUGCCUUUGCUCAAUGGCAAAUGGAUUCUCGCGUACACGUCUUUCACCGGUCUGUUUCCGCUGUUGUCAAGGGGUCAAUUGCGAUUAGUAAAAGUGGAGGAAAUAUCACAGACCAUAGAUGCUGAAAGUUUAACUGUGCAGAACUCUGUCCAAUUCUCGGGGCCGUUAGCCUCGAGUUCUAUUAGUGCAAGCGCAAAGUUCGAGGUCCGAAGUCCCAGGCGAGUGCAGAUCAAGUUUCAGGAAGGCAUAAUCGGAACUCCCCAGCUGACGGACUCCAUAGUCUUACCCGAAAAUGUGGAAUUUAUGGGACAAAAUAUCGAUCUAGCUCCUAUCAAAGGCUUGCUCAACUCUGUACAAGACACGGCUUCCACUGUUGCAAAGACGAUUUCGAGCCGACCACCGUUGAAGUUCUCAUUAUCAAACAGCAAUUCGGAAUCAUGGUUACUUACCACAUACCUUGAUGAAGACCUGCGGAUUUCAAGAGACGGCGGGAGCGUUUUCGUGCUCAUCAAGGAGGGCAGUUCUUUCUUGACCACCAUGAACUAAAAUUUAGAUUCCAUUCCCUCUUCCUCACCUUCGCAUCACUAUAUCUAUGCUCCUGGUUUUCUGUUAGGUUGAUGUGAUACGUAAAUAUCUAUAAACAUGAAUUCUAAAUGAAUAAACACGCACACACUUAUCUUUCACUCCAUGUUUUAUGCUUUCACUCCAUUAAAGCAUCAAACAUGUAUUAUUAGUGAACCAGAUUUGGAAUAAACAUUUCUUUUUUUCUUUCUUGAGACCAAAAAAAAAAGUUAAAUUCUGCUAUUAGUACAUGUACAAUGCUUAAGUUGUCUA